GAACGCAGCAGGAGCCCGAGCGGCUGUCAGCGGUGGAUGAGAGAGAUUAUCCUCCGCCGUGUCAACACGGAUCCCAGCAGGCAGCGGGACGCCGUGUGGGGCAACAUGGGCAACGCCGACACCAAGCUUCACUUCAGGAAAGCCGUUAUUCAGCUCACGACCAAGACCCAGCCGGUAGAAGCCACAGACGAUGCCUUCUGGGACCAGUUCUGGGCCGACUCCUGCACCACCGUCCAGGACGUUUUCGCUCUGGUGCCGGCGGCAGAGAUCAGAGCUGUGAGGGAGGAGUCUCCGUCCAACCUGGCAACCCUCUGCUACAAGGCAGUGGAGAGGCUGGUCCAGGGUGCAGACUCCGGCUGUCCCUCAGAGAGAGCGCGUCAGAUUGUCCUGAACUGCAUCCGCCUGCUCACCCGCAUCCUGCCCUACAUCUUCGAGGACGCUGACUGGAGGGGCUUCUUCUGGUCCACGGUGCCCGGAGCCGGCAGAGCGGGGCGUUUAGACGGAGACGGCGAUGACCACGAGGCGCGGCCGCUGGCUGAGUCCCUGCUGCUGGCCAUCGCCGACCUGCUCUUCUGUCCAGAUUUCACUGCUCAGAGCCGCAAGAAGAACGGCCCCGUGAGUCCCCCCCCCCCCCCGCUCUCCAUUACACCCAUAAUCUCAGCACAGCUGGAGGCAAACACCUGCCAAUAA